AUUUCUUUUGAAUUCAUGAACUAGAGAUGCGGGGGUUCACAAAUUCAAGGGAGUUAAUAACAGAGGAAGAUUAAUUUUAAAAAAGAGAGAGAGAGAAAAAAAAAAAGAAAUAAUAAUAUAUCGAAAGUAGACUUGCCUUUUGAAUUCGUUAACAGGAUAUUUUUUUUUUGUUGUGGUUGUUUUAUUCGCUGGGAUACAGAAAAUAAAAAUAAAACAUAUUUUUUUUUGAAUGAGAGACGGCUAGUCGCCCAGGAUCAGAAUGAGUCGACGCGCUAGCCUGCUCGCCAAACAAGAGAAGAGGAAGCCGAGGGUGAGGUUCCCAGACGAGCUCGUCUUCCUGGACAACAUCAAAGUCAACGACAUCAAGGCCUGCCACUCCAUGCUCAGGCGCGCCAGCGUGCAGCUGGAUAUCAAUGGACUAGACACGAGCGGUCUUACUCCACUACACAACGCCGUGUUGGAGGGCAACUUGGCGGCGGUCAAACUUCUAAUCCAACAUGGCGCCGACGUCAACAAGAAGGACGUUGACACGUGGACGCCACUCCACGCCGCAUGCGCAAACGGCGAGGCGGAUAUAGCCAGGUACCUCCUGAGCAAAGGCGCCAGCAAAGACAUCAAAACCAACGACGGGGAGCGGCCGCUGGACCUGUGUGACGCCAGGGACUUCUCGGUGAUCAGCGUCAUGCUGGAGAGCGACACGGCCCGCAAGGCGCGUCUCGCCAACUCCCAAGACGACGAGGAAGACGAGGACGAUUACCUCAGCAACGACGGCUCGGCCCCGAACUCGUCCGAAUCCUCGCCGGAACCGCUCCGCAGACAAUACCCGGAAAAAAACGACGAUUCUAAAUCGAAAAGAUCGACCGCGGGCUUGGUGAAAGGGAUGAGCAAUUUAAAAACGGUAAUGGAGGACGGGAGUUCCUCCCCGCCCACGCUGUCGCUGAGCCCUGCUAAGAAGAGCCCGGCGGUCGCUUCCAGGAGGAGCCCUACUACCCAUCUGAGCCCGGAGUCGGCGCAAAAACCGCCAAAACCGGCUGGACAUUCUAUCCUCAAGAAAACUCCACAGCAGUUUAAAGGCGUUUCUGAUUAGCGUGGGCAAUAGGGCUGGUAAGUAGGUCACCAACCAGUUGUACGACUCAUGCAGGUUUUAUUGAGCUGGUUGGUGACCUACUUACCAGCCCUAUACACUUGUUGAUGCUUGUAUGUAGUACUUUAUAUAACAAUGGUCAUGAUUGUGUUUAGGAUUCCGUGUACUAGUUUGUGCGUGUUUGUCGUACUUUGCAAGCGUUGGCAGUACACUUGUUCAUGAUUGUAUUUACUACUUCGUGUACUAGUUCGUGCUUGUAUUUCGUACAGUACUUUGUUAACAUUGGAAGCAUACGCCUACUUGUUCAUGAUUGUGUAGUGCGAAUGUAUAGUACUUUGUUAGCGUUGGCAGUGAACGUGUUCAUGAUGGUGUUUAGUACUUCGUGUGCGUGUUCAUGUCUGUGUUCAGUACUUUAUAGUUAUUAUGAUUUCUAGUACUCAGUACUGCUUGACCCCCUCAAUACUCAACACCUGGACCACAUAAAUAAUUAACUUGUGCUUGACGCUAGUAUCCAGUAUGCCCUACUGCUUGAUAAAAGUACUCAGAAGUACUUGAUAAAAAUACUCAGAAGUGCUUGAUAAAAGUACUCACAAGUGCUUAUUAAAAACUUCUCAGAAGUGCUUGAUAAAAGUACUCAGGGGUGCUUAUUAAACACUCAUCAGAAGUGCUUGAUAAAAGUACUCAGAAGUGCUUGAUAAAAGUACUUAGAAGUGCUUAUUAAAACUUCUCAGAAGUGCUUGAUAAAAGUACUCAGAAGUGCUUGAUAGAAGUACUAAAUAAAAGUACUUUGAAUUCUGAAUAAAAGUACUCUGCACUGCUUUAUUAAAGUACUCAGAAUUUGUGAAUAAAAGUAGUCACUACUGAACCUCAGUACUCAUUGGUAAAGAACUGAUUUGACUUCCAUACUGAACAACUCUUGUAAUUGUACAGAAUACUACAGGGAAUGUACUAUUAGUAUGUACUAUUAGUAUGUACUAUUAGUGAGUACUAGGCUGCUGUAAGUAGAAUUCUGUUAUAGCUCUGAAGUGCUGAAUUUGAGUACUCAGUACAGCUGGACACUAAAGCUAAACCUUAGUACUCAGUACUCAGUACAUAUGGACUGUACUAGUCAGCUGCACUGGUACUCGUACUCAGUACUUGACAACAAUCUUGUUAAAAAUCUUGACAUUUAAGAGGUUGUACGAUGUCACGUGCGCAGUAGACUUACAUCUUGCCUUGUUUACAAUUAUCAGUCUGGCACUAUAUGCAGUAGGCAAAGUAACCUUUUCGCGGGGCAGGUGAAGUAGAGUUCACCUGUUUCAUUCACCACGGCAUAUGAAGAUAUAGCGUGGUCAACAUAAUAUAAUAAUAUGUAUGAAUAUAUGUCGAUUUUUUUUUAAAUUGCAAGUAUGCUACGAAAUAUUUAGAUAGGGAUUGAUUGAGAAAUGUGCCUUAUAUGUAGCCAGAGUUUAAAAGUCAAGCGUGCCUUUAUAUUAGGCAGUAUAUAUAU